GCGCGUCGCGGGCUGAGGCGGAGGGAGGGGGUAAGAUGGCGACGCCCGUCCUGCUGCGAGUGUCGGUGCCGCGCUGGGAGCGGGUGGCCCGUUCCGCCGUGUGCGCGGCCGGCAUCCUGCUCUCCCUCUACGCCUGCCACCUGGAGCGGGAGAAGGGCCGCGAUCUCCACUACCAGGCCCUGUGCGACCUCAGCGAGCGGGUCCGCUGCUCCGCCGCCAUCACCUCCAGAUGGAGUCGAGGAUUCGGUCUGUUGGGUUCCAUCUUUGGAAAGGACAGUGCAGUAAAUCAGUCAAACAGUGUUUUUGGACUCGUGUUUUAUAUACUACAAAUGCUACUUGGUAUGACAGCAAGUGCAGUAGCAGCUCUAAUCCUCAUGACAUCCUCCAUAGUGUCUGUAGUAGGGUCAUUGUACUUGGCAUACAUUCUGUACUUCGUGCUGAAGGAAUUUUGCAUUGUCUGCGUCAUCACAUAUUUGCUGAACUUCAUUCUCUUUAUCAUCAACUACAAACGACUAGUUUAUUUGAACGAGGCCUGGAAACGGCAACUCCAACCCAAACAGGAAUAAUGCCUGUUUGAACUUUUGACUGACAGUCUGAAGACCCAACUUCCAUUAAGUUUAUUUUGCAGUAAUUUUUUUAUUCUCCAUAUCAGACACUUUCCCCAAGAAUCAUAACUGAAUUUUUAAUUAUAAAUUUGAAGGGGCCCUAGAUAAUUUUUUUUGGUGCAAAUCUUCAAUUUGUAUGUGGUAAUGAAAGAAAGCUCUAAUACAAUCAAAGACAAGCUUUAACUUUACUUUGAAGGAUUCUUAGCCACAGCAAAAUUUAGACUCUGUCUCUUCCCCCUCCGCUUGUGAAGUGGGUAACACUUGCUAUAAAGUGUCCUGUAUAUAAAUUCAGGUAUAACAAGAUGUGGUCAUGACAUUAAAUAUUCUAGACUAGCAUUACCAUAUUUAAUGUUGCCAUGUUUACAGUAUGUAUAUUACUUUUUUUUUUUAGCUGAUGGAGUUAGAUUUGACUAGGACUUAUACUGUAAAUAAAAUUAGAAAUAUUGGUUUCAUCCCUGGAGAACUCACUGUACAACCAGUUUUCUUAGCCUAGGAGCUGUCAGAGUGUUCAGCUAAUAGUCAACUGACAUGAUGGAAGAAGUGACCUCUAUAGAGAACACCGUGUUGCUGCACUCACUGCUAGUGCUUUCACAAGAAUGAUAGUUGGGUUUUGUUCCAUUUUUACUUUUUUUUUUUUUAUCUCCAGUAAUGAAAGUGGAAUUAAAGCUGAAACCUGAAGUAUAUUCAUUAAAUCACAACUUCAUUAAUUUCUGUGCAGAAUGAAAAUAGCCUAAUGUGGUCGAUAGAAAGCUGCCACCAGGAUAUUGUAUGAAGAUUGGGGGUUGGUGUAUCAGAGUGUUCUUUGAAAGGACUUAAUUUCCAUGCAGAGCUGUUUUAUUUGUAAACUGUGGUCAGACAGCUAGUAUUACUAAUGUUUGAUGUUAUAUGAAUGCUGCAGUAUAGAAUUGAAAUUUGCAGUGAAAACCACUGACUGAGUGGGGUAAUCAAGUAGUGCACUGAAGAAACAGAUAAUUGAUCUUCAUCAGGGUCUUUGGUUUGUUCUAUAUUGGGAAAUGAACUUUAGGCCUGACACACAUAAGAUCCCUUGGAAGGGCAACAUGUUUAGUGAUAUAAGUAAGUAAAUGUGCUCCUGAAAAUGAAAUAGGAUAUUGUGCUAUCAUUGCUCUUUCUAAUAACUAAUUGGAAAAAAAAAUAAACUGCAGUUUUAAACAUAGGAACAAAAUUGUAAAUGUUGUUUCUGCACUCAGUAUUCUAAGGCUGAAUGUUAAAAGUGCCUUCUGUCUUAAACCAAAUACUUUGUGUUGAUCUUGGCAGGCAGAAGUGUCCUUGCUUUAAAAAUGAACAAACAAAAAUCCCAGCAAACUUGUUGGAGAUAGGGAAGUAUUAAGAGAUCUAUUUUAGUUUUUAGACUGAGAAGUGGUAGCAAUAUUGUUUCAGUUAAAUUGAUGUGAUGGAAGGUUGAUGAUGUGGUUCAGGAAAGUAGAAUACUUGUGUUUCAGACUCUGUGAUACCAAAAUGUAUAGGUUCAGCUACUUUCUGUAAUUGGUGCUGUGUUGCUUUUUGCCCUUGUCAGCUUCUAAAGGUGAAAAAUUACACCUGUGUACCCAUUAAUGGUACUUAUGCUCUGGGGCCCCCAACAUAAGAAGGACAUAGACCUGCUUGAGUGGGUCCAGAGGCCACAAAGAUGCUCAGGGGCCUGGAGCAGCUCCCCUGGG